AUGGAAGGUAAAUUGUGUGUCUUGGUUAAUAUGGGUAAUUGUGUACAUCCCUUGUUUGCAAGUUUAUCUGCAAGGUCGUUGUCAGAGUUAUUGGAGUAUCCCUUUACUUUUUUUGCGUUGGGAGUAAUUAUUUCUGUUAGUUAUGUUUUUGUUAAAGCCUUGUAUGGCUGCUUGGCUAUUAGUAAAUAUGUUGAUAUGACUAUUG